GUAGUACUGAUCUAAUCGGAGUUGAGUGCUCGUUAUAAACACAAAUACACGGUGACAAGAGCAUAGUUGUGUGCAAUCGCGAUUGCAAUUAAAUAAUAAAUAAAAAAAUGUCAUUCACGACAAAUCUAGGAUAUUGUCCGCAAAAAGAGUUGCGUUACACUAAACUAUUACCCUUCAAAGAUCAAGUAGAAAAAGAAUCGUUAGUAUGGCUUGUCAAGAUCAAGGAGAAUCUAGGACGCGCUGUUAUGCUUCGGGAGAUUCAACCAGCAUGUGUAUUUUGGACAAGACAAUUAUAUAUGUAUAUAGAAGUGUAUGGAUUAAAGUUUAGUAAAGAAGAUCAUAUAAUAUUUGCGAAGUUAAUGUAUGAAAUUAUUACUAUACCAAAAGUGAAUCUAAGUGUUAUGUUAAAGUGCACUAAGGUGCUUAAAGCCUUACUAAAGAAAGAAGAAUUAAUUAGUCCCGAUGAGUUAGAAAUUCCAUGGAGACCUUUAUAUAAACUGUUAUGUAAAUUUAAAAAACUGUAUUUAUAUAAUCUAAACAUACAUAAGUUCUUAGAUGACAUACGUUACAUAGUAACUUACUUUUCACUGACCGCCACACAAGAAAUAUUAGAUGAAUUAAGACCAACAUUUUGUCCGUUUAAUGCGGCAAUGAGGAACAGUAUUUAUGUUUUAUCCAUUUUGUUACCAACCAAAUUACGUCCUCAGCAUCAUUCUCUUGGAUAUGUUUUAUGGUUUGAUGAACUUAUGAACAUGUGGAAAGUAUUCCAUAAUUCGCGAAGCUGGGACAUCAGUAUACUGUACUUAAUGGGACGAUUAGCACGUGACAAUAUCGGUUAUAUUGAUUGGAAUCCGCACUUACCUGUGAUGUUUUCUAGAUUUAUACGAUAUUUAAAUCUACCUGUAAUGUAUAAAAAUGUCUCAGAUUAUAGAAUAUCUACAUUUCGUAUACCGCCGAUAUGUUCGUGGAUAGUAGGAGUUUUGGGAAAUGGCUCAGACGCGCAGAAGUAUUUAAAUACAUUCUUGAAAACUAUAGAAACCUAUAUUUAUCCAGCAAAUUAUGGGCGUUGGACAAAAAAAUUAACUAAAUUUCUUUCCAUACUUACAGAUGAGUUUCUCAUACGUUUACGCAAAGAAAGAUAUAAUAAACCUACAUGGGAAACUUCAAUUCCAAACACUUCCAAGUUAACUGAUGAUGAUAUCGAUGCUUUUGUUAAGAGUGUAUUGCCGUUGGCUAUGGUAGUUAUGUAUCACGAGGAAACAUUUACCACUGAAUAUACUGCUUUGCAAAAUCUAGCUGUGAUAAGACCGAAUUUAGUAAUACCGGAUGUGCUAGAAGAAACAUAUUUCACAUUUAAUUCUUUGAUCGAACCACAUAAACUUAUAACUUUGAUCAAGUGCAUGACAUUUCUAGCUCAACAAAUGGUGCAAGGUUCUAGAUAUAUGAAUGGAGAUCACGCCUUUCCAGAAGGACCAACACACGUAAUACCUCUGCUAUUUCUGUCAUUACCCGGAAUCGAUGCAAAUGACUUAAAAAAGUGUUAUGUUACUUUAACGUUUAUAGGUGUAUAUUGUGAGCUUAUUUCUCUUGUGGAUUGCUCACAAUGUACCACCGACAAUACAAUCGAGGAAACAGUAUGCAAAGACACAUCGCGUUUCGAGGACUUUGUACUGCAAUUUUUAGACAAAGUGUUUGAACUAAUAGGAAACCUUUCGUUCGAGAACGAUAGCAAGGAUGGGAAGACAGAUGAGUUUCAUUCGUCUUUCCGAUUGGUAGUGACACAUACAUGCGAAAUUGUGCUGUCAAACUCUAGCAAAACGAUUUUUGAUAGUGCUUUAAAUAAAUUGCGCACAUUCAUGACGGAACGAAUCUCUGAAACCAAAAUCACAGGCGAAUUAGCACAAUAUAUGUUGAGAGGAUUUGCUAAGUGUAACGGACGGGAAACAUUACGGGUACUUUUCCCUACGCUUGCGCAAACAAUUUUAUCAUUGGUCAACGAAAUAGAAGAUGUUUCGAAGGAAUAUAUUGUAGAUCAACGUCUUCUGUAUACUAUGCUUAUAUUAACCGCAGUUGUCGACACGACGGGCGAUAAUUUGUUACCNUACAUGGAUACUUUGUAUAAGAUUUUCGAUCGCAUCCUAAUUUUGAGACCGAGAUAUGAAAAUAUAACAGCGUGUACAUUGUUAAAAGAGAUUCUCACACAUUUAUCAACUAUCACUAUGUAUCCUGAAAAAGUAAUUCAUGAAGAUCCCAAUUAUUUUCAUGUUAGAGACUGGGGUAAAGGUGUGGAUGUUGAUAACUUCGAUCCAAAGUGGUAUAUUCCUGGUGCAGAAGAACUCGCUGCUGUAAAACAAAUAUUUUUAAGAUAUUUAAUAGUUCACACUGACAAACUUAAGAAGUACUGCAAAGAUCCUAGUACAUUAACUUCGGAGGAGCUGUGUAUUAGCCUACAUAUUAUAGGAUGUAUUCUUUCCGGAGCCGUAGCUGUUUUACCAGUAUGGUCAGAAACCCCGCUUGUAAUAAUCGAGUCGUCCGUAGAGUGUAAUAUAUCUGUACCACGUCAUUUUGAUAAGACAGAAUUUGUUACAAUGCCUGAUGGGAGCAACGUUAGGCAAUAUCUUGCUAGAAUUAUGAGCCAAGUACAACGGACAAUGCUCGAUAAUAGAGAAGACGAUACAAAAAGUUUCUGGGCUUUAUGUCAUAUAUGGGAAACUCUGUUUUUUGGAAAUGUGGACUAUGGAAAAAAUGUGAAAAGCAACCUUUCAACUGUAUCUCACACCAAGAAGAUGUUUGAAAAUAAAUUAGAAGGAAACAAAAAUCGCAUACUUAGAUUAUUACGCAAUCGCUGUAUAGUGCAACUACAUAUUCGAGAACUGAUGCGUAUCAGAAACUCAAGCAUAUUAACAGAAACUCACAAACAAAUAAUGAUGGAGGUAUUUACAUUGGCUAUAAGCAAAUACACGCAAAUUCGUCGACUAGGUUACUUUUUUUUCCGUGAUGCUUUCACAUUUUUCUCGUAUUCCCUUAAACAUUUUGCUCCUCAUAUGUGUGAUAUUUUGACGAAAGAUGUCGAAAACUAUGAAAAUGCGUAUAAAGGCGUUUUACAUAUUUUGCUUCAAAUUAUGUAUUCCGAUCGUGUAAAAGAAGACUGGAAUGUAUUAAAGAUAUUGUUGCCAGCCNUUGUACUUUCCAAACCAUCUGAAAAAGAAUCUCUUAUUCAGUUAAGGGAGAAUCUUACACACUACAUGAGUUGUAACUUUGGUACGUGCACGAUCGAAUUAAAAGUACCCGAUAGAUGCCUGACUGUUGCGCGUACUUUAUGGAAACACAAUCCACAUCCACUGUUGCCACAGCCCGAUGAAAAUAUGAUACAGAAUGGUGUGCAAAACUUGAAAAAAUUCAACGAAUCUAACUUAGCAGCGUAUAAUAGUCUGCGUGACGAACUGUUACGUUGUAUAUCGGAGAAACGUUUACACUGGCGGCAUAGAUUAAUGGCAAUAAGUUUUUUAUAUAAUAUUCGUCAUCCAGAUCAAAAGUAUCCCGUGCAAGCAGCACGUUACUUCUUGCAAGCUCUCAUACACGAUUCCGUACAGGAAAGACAGAUUGCUACGAAAAUAGUGGCAUGUAUGUUGAACCAACAACAGCGAAAACGUACCCGAAAGGUGAAAGUUAAGUUACACUGUCUAUCUAAGAAGAAUACCUUAAGCAAACAACAACAAUCACAACCUGUCACGUGUGGGAUAAGACCUGAUAAUAUGUGGCUGCAGUACAAUUAUAAAACUCGCCCGCUCACCGCUGAACAGUGGGAUGUGCCUAGAUACGUCCAUGAAGAAUACACCGGUUAUUAUGUUUGGCCAAAAGUUUUGAAGGUAGACGCUCCUUCGUCUAAGCAGCCUUGUCUUGACGCGGCAACGCGCGAGCUGACAGAUUGCGAAAAAGAAGUUCAUCUUUUCUUCGAUAAUCCGAAGAACGUCGAAAAACUUAUAAAUUACUUCAGUAAAGACGACGUAGUCAAAUUCGACUUGUAUAGAUAUUUGCUGUUCAAAUACUUGUUUUGCAAUCAUGGGAUCGUCCAUUUGAAGCAUUUUCUACAGCAUUUGGAGCGAUUAGUAAAAGAUUGCCACGAGAGUAGUCAACGAUGUGCCGCAGAAAUCAUAGCCGGACUCAUCAGAGGUGCUAAACAUUGGCCAUUUCAGAUGACAUGUGAUAUGUGGCAGGCGAUGUUGCCCAUCAUUAGAACUGUAAUAUCGAAUGCGACAAUGGAUACUACUAUGAACUGGAAAAAGUGCUUCUCAGAGUCACAGAAAGACAUAGAUCCGAAUAGGUCUCACUGGUUGUUGGAAUGUCUUAUGGAGGAAUCGUCUUUGGAAGAAACUUCGUUCACACAAACCACACGAUUGGACAUACUACAAAGUGUCCUCAAACAAGCUACAUGGCGAAAAACAGAACUGCUGGGUCGUUUGGUAACGCGUUUAGAAAAUCAAAUGGUAACCAAUCUCAUGCGAAGUGUUCGCAACACUUUCGGAUCGAUGCUAGUUACUAUAUUCACGGCCGAUCUUAAAAUUUCACGCAACUCAUUUGAUUCCAUAACUCCGCGAAUACAAACUUUAAUAAACAAGAUCUUGCCGCAUUUAAACCAACUCAUAAAGAAUGAUGAUGCAAAUAAAUCUGAGAAUCCGGAAAAAACAAAAGAUAUACAUGACAACACAGCUACUCUUACACUUGAUGAAUUGAACCACAUAUCUCUACAAGACGAAAUACUUACAAGAAUCUUAAAAAUUGUAUGCACGUGGAUUGAGUGUACUUUCUUUCACACAAUGUUUUGUGCACUGCCAGAAUUUUAUCAGCUAUUCCCACUUAUAUGUGAAGUAGGAACUUCGAAAAAUGAUGAAGAGCUCUAUGAUUUGUGUUUAAACGCUCUAGGACCUCUCGCACAAGCACUCGUACUACCCGAAGAUAUGUCAACUAUAUUGACAACAGUGAAAACAACAUCCGAACAUUUAUCAUGGUCUGUUAGACUUGACUGUUUAAAGUAUCUUCAAGUACUGGUCUUUCACAAUAUGAGCAUAAUUCUUAGUGAUAACACAUGGAUCGAUUGCGUAACAACUAUUGUACUGCGCCUAUUAGAGGAUGAUCGUCUUGAAGUCAGAGAGCAGGCUAGUGAAGUACUCAGUGGUCUGAUACACUGCACAUGUAUCACGGACUAUGAGAAAUUACUGGAGGAAUUUAAAAGAAAAACGAAGACGCAAUUGUACGACAAGAAGAAACCUUGUGAAGAUGUUUCGGGAAUUGCUACAAGUGCGAUACGUUUACGUCAUGGUGGUGUGCUUGGAUUGUGCGCUUUUAUUACUGCUCAUCCCUAUGAUGUACCUAAAUAUGUGCCCUCAAUUGUCGAACAUCUUAAUUGCCAUAUGAACGAUCCACAACCUAUACCGACGACAAUAAGAAAAACUUUGGAGGAUUUUAAACGAACACAUUUCGAGAACUCGACUGGAAUGAAGCAUUAUUCACAACAUUUUACGGAUGACCAAUGGGACAUUUUGCAGAAUAUAACAAUAUCACUGUCGUAUUACGCUUGAUUGAUAAAGUGACAGUACAAUGCAAUCAGCAUAGAGAUAUAGGAACUAUGAACAGUAGUAGGCGGUAUUCACGUGCUUAGUUUUUCACGUCCUUAUGCAAACUUAGCGAUUAAGUGUACACUGACUUAGAGAACCAAUUCUCAUUUUGCACACGUCAACAAACAUAACAUGCAACAAACCAAAAAUCACCUGACUCAUGAUACUGGUUUUAGGUUAUUUAGAAUGCUUUUAUUUCUUAUAUUGCAAAAUAACUAUGCGGUUCAAUUAGUUGUUUGGAUAAGAAAAAAUAUAAAUAGAGAAAAAAUAUCAGAAGUACACAUACGAAAAAAAUAUAAAUAUAAAUAAAAAAAAAUAUAAUUAGAGAAAGAACAUCAGUAGUACAUAUUAGAUUCUAAAAAGAUUAACGAUCGAAUAUAUUAUUCGUAUUUUUCUAAAUUAUUUUACUACUGACUUUUGUUACUGGUUUUGUACACAGAAGUAUAUGAUGAUUUACAACUACCUGCCUAAUAUAUAUAUAUAUUCAGCAUAGAUUUCUUGAGACUUUCUUAAAAGACAAAAUUAUAAUAUAAAACUCUGGCGAAGUAUACUAUAAUAAUCUUUAAAAUACAAACAAUUAAACACUGCCAC